AUGAAUUUGGCAGGGACAUUCCGGCUCAAGUCCGCAUUGUUGACGCUCGCCAUGAGCCAGUCACAGGUCUCCAAGAAGCGAAAGUUUGUGGCAGAUGGUGUUUUCAACGCCGAGUUGAAUGAGUUCCUGGCACGCACACUGGGUGAAGACGGAUAUGCGGGUGUGGAAGUGCGUGUCACUCCUAUCCGCACUGAGAUCAUCAUUCGGGCCACCAGGACUCGUGAGGUCUUGGGAGAGAAGGGACGCCGAAUUCGUGAACUCACAGCACUGGUGCAGAAACGUUUUGGCUUUCCCGAGAACAGCGUGGAACUGUUCGCAGAGAGAGUGGAGAACCGCGCUAGCUGCGCCAUGGCUCAGUGCGAGUCCCUGCGCUUCAAGCUGAUCGGUGGCCUGGCUGUGCGCCGUGCCUGCUAUGGAGUGCUCAGAUUCAUCAUGGAGAACGGUGCCAAGGGUGUGGAGGUCAUCAUCAGCGGCAAGUUGCGUGCGCAGCGUGCCAAGGCAAUGAAGUUUAGACAGGGCUAUUUGAUCUCCACUGGAGAGCCGAAGAGGCACUACAUCUCGGAGGCUGUUCGACACGUGCAGAUGCGACAGGGAACCAUCGGCAUCAAGGUUAAGAUCAUGAUGUCGCACGAUCCUGAAGGUGGGAAUGGGAAUGGUUGUGCUGCCUAA